AUGCGCUCCCAUCUAUUUUCACUUUUGGCUCUUGUUGCCACAACCCUUGCCACACCCUUUGUUGAGUUCGACCUGGGGCCAGAGAAUGCCCUCGAGGCUCGCACGUGGGACAAGGAUGAAAAGUGCGUCGAGUUCGUCUACGGCCACGAGAACAAACAUCUUGGCAAGUGCUGCGUCAAGCUCCGGGGCAAGCAUCUCCACGUCGAGUACCCGGAUAUCAAAAAGGGCGAGUACACGGACGUCAACGUCAUUGUCCAGACCCAUCCCAUCACCGAGGAAAACCACAAGAAAUGGCCGCACAAGAGUGGCCACGAGGGUCCUUGCAGAUACCGCAAGGGAAAGGCUUCGUGCAAGAUCGACGUCCAUCCGUCCUGGAGGGAGUGCGGCAAGAAGCUGUACAUUGGUGUCCACGGCGAUUGCGAGGUCCACGGGAAGCACGAGAGGGGCUGGGGUUAUGGACAGUGCAUCAAGAAGAACGCUCCGGGAAAUUGCCCAAAGAGCUUUGACUGGAACAAACAGUGUCCCAUGGCCAUGUGGUAA